CCGCCACACCAAACACUGUUGGGAUUGAAAAACCUGUCUUGGGAAAAAAAAAAGCUCAGUUUCUGUACGUGUGUGAUUCCGUGUGGAGCUCAAAAACCAGCUCAUGGUGGGAAAAUGGCACUAAAUGAAACAAAUGCAUUUUUGGAAAUAUUAAAAUCUUUUAAUGUUGGUGAUAUGAUUCUAGCCUUCUGUUUAUCUAUUCUCGUUGGCCUGCUGCUGGGAGCUCUGAUCUACGUUCUGUUGACCUGGGCAUCAAGACGCCGGGCUACGGCCAGGAUCACAAGGCGCUCCAAAAAGAAAUCUGGCAGUUCGCGACGUGACCCCAUGGGCAGCCAGUUUGGCCUUUACCGAAGCACUUUCCUCAGUGUUUACAGGCAGCCUUCUCUAGAGCCGGUGGGCCCCUUGGGGAGCAAACCCGGCGCAGAGACGUCCACCUUUCGGCCGCUGCCCAAAAAGAGCAGGCCUAGCCUGGACAUGGGAGACGAUACACGGGUGACCAUGUCAGAGGACACAGUGGCCAUGGACUCGUCUGAUUCAGCCUCCCUUGUACCAAGCAAGAGGAAUUCCUUCUGGCUGGGCGGCAAUGGGCUGAAAGGAUUCCUUCCCUCACACACUCCACCUCCUGCAUAUGACAGUGUCAUUCAUGCCUUCGAGGAGACUUGCACUUAAAGCUGUUGGUAUGACAACAAGAACUAAAUCUACUUGUUUUGCUAAGUAUCUACAGACUGUUAAAACAGACUACAGUUGCAAUGUUUUUGUAAUAACUACACAUUUAGUAAACAUUUUUUUAAAUGAAAAAGAGAUACAGUGGCUCUCGAAAGUCACCUUGGUUAAAAUGUCAGUUUUUAAUUCUGAAAAAAAAAUUAGACCAUGAUAAAUCAUUUAAAAACAUUUUUCAAUGUGAAAUGUGACAUCUAUUGUGUACAAUUCAACUAAAAAAAUAAAUAAAUAAAAAUCUGGUAGAAGAAAAAAUCCCCCAAAGUUGCAAAAGCUAGGUUGCAUAUUUGUUCAGCACCUACUUUGUUGAACCUAAUUUUGAUUAAAUUUCAGCUUUUAGCCCCCACUGGGAAAUUUUAGCCUAACCAGGAUAAUGUAGAUUGUUGAGCACGUGCUCCUACUUUUCCUACAGUUAAAUGUUCAUUUUCCUUUGUAUUAAAUUCAAUAUAAAAAAACAUGCGGCUUUUGCAAAUUCACUAUAAUCCCAUAUUUUUACCUAGUUAUUAAUAACUGAUGGUGCGUUAACGCCAAACGCGUUACGCGCGUCAAAAAUGCGUCUGACGGUUCAUAUUCGACAUAUGUGCACUUUUAGUGCGUUCGCACAAAGUGUUUUGAGCGUCAGGCGCGUCUGGUUACGCUACGUAGAGCGUCGGACUCGCUUUACGCAUCAAACGCUCAAAAAGCUUCAAAUCGCGCAACAAAGGAGGAUUUUAUCAGUUUAAUCAGAUUUACUAUAAAUAAUGGUAGUUAUACACCAUAAAAAAAUUAAUAAGUUACAUUAAAUUAAAUGUACUUGAAACAAAUAUUUAUUUGCUUAUGAAAAUUUUGAAACUAUUUUUGUUCAGUUUUUCUUUUCUUGUCACAGAUUUCUUUGUUUUUAGUUAAAUUGAGCAGAAUAAAUGUCACGAUAUGUGAAAAGUUUCAUUGCUGAUUAUAUUUAACCCAAUUUUUCACAUUACUUUAUAAUUUUAUUGUCUCCAAAUAACUGUUCUAUUUUUUCCUUGGCAAUCCUGAAAAUUUCAAUUUCUUUCAUCAAGCCAAAAAUAACACACUAACAUUUUGUGGAAGAAAUAAUGCACAAAAUAUUAAUGAUGAUAAAAAAAAAUUAUGUUUGCAUGCAAAUGUUUCAAUCUAUACAAGUUAUAUAUAUAAAUAAAUAGUUGAAGAGUGGUUUAUAAAUAUUACAGGUCUGUUGGGAUAGUAAAAUUCCAAAAGUAAGGAAAAUUUCUUCCAAAGAUGGAUUGGAACAUCUGGGUCCUUACAUUUCCCUUCUGGUGCAAAGUAAACUCUAUGAGCCACCAAUUCAAUUUUUAAAGUGUUUGGCAGAAUGAAUGCAUAAAACACACUCUUUUUUGUGAGCUUUAUGCGUUUAGAUGUCAUUCAAGGCAAGUUAAUAAAUAUUAUCAUGUUGCUGUCAAAAGCUGUAACUUCCACCUCCACUGACGGUCCUUUUCCCUUAAAGUAUUUCCACAUAGCUUUUGCAAAUCAGUGACUACCAUAAGUGAUAUGAUCGUUUGCAUCACUUCCUGUAAAAUCGUAUAGCACCUAAAUCUCAUCAAACACAUAUGUUUGAUUGUUGGGGGGUUUUUAUUGUUUGGUAUGCCAUGUUAUACCAAACAUGGCAUAACACCAAACAUGGCAUCCUUCUACAAGAGGCGCCGCUGUUCGUAGGAGAAUGAAGAGACAUCGACAUGGCUCUUUAAACUGUUGGUGGAUGGAGUCAGAAGUAACUGACUUAUUGUAAGAAAGACGGGUAAAUAAAUACUAUUAAUGAUCUGAUUGUUAGAUUUCUUUUCAAUAGUAUAUGUCCUUUUUACCCAGCACUCGUUUUGCAGUCUUACUAGAAAUUAGAAGAAAAGUUGGUCAUGUCUACUUCAGCCUUCUGAUGGUGAAGGUGUUAUGUUGUGUAUUAUAUUUCCUUAUCUUCCAGCAGACAGUCACUUUAUUUAGUAUUUCAUGAGCAUGGUCUCCAUAUGCUUAGCAGUACAGUCAUGAAUAAACUGUGUUUAGACCAUAA